ACACUCUCUCUCUCUCUCUCUCUCUCUCUCUCUCUCUCUCUCUUAUUCCCCUGACAAGUAUGUAUGGAUUUGUUUUUAUGUGGUAAAACGAUUUGCGUUAAUCGACCUUUUGUUUACAAUUAAAGCACGAUAUUCUUUUAUUCAAAGUCCUCGGUUCCAAUAUCGACCAGUUGAUGUAGGCCAUAACUCCAUAUGUCUCCAAACUGAUCGUAUUUAUUGCUCCAUGUGGAUGAACAAAGACCGAGGCGUUCCCCAAUCUAUACAUCUCCCUCUUUAUUUCUCUACAUUUAACGUUAUUUUCCAUAAAAUGUGGCAUGUGUCAAAAGAUUUCAGAGUGAAACUCUAUGAGCUCCUGAAUUAAAUUAUGAACAAGGAAAGGGGUUAAUUAUUUAUUUUCAGUUAACAGUACUAUGUGACAUUUGGGAACGGCUGACCUUUGUCUUAGUUUUUAAGAAAAUGGCAUACUUUCGCACAAGAUAUCUGAGAAGAAACUCCCUAGUGUUGCUGACAAUACUCGUAGCUUUUCUCCUUGUAACAGACGUCUAUUUCACUUAUACGUAUACACACGUCGCCCCGGAUUCCAUUUUGAACACCCACGUACCUCGCCAUCACAUUGCCUAUGUCAAAGUUCACAAAGCAGCAAGCUCGACCAUUCAGAAUAUAUUACUCCGAUACGGAUACGUUCGGAACAUGAUCUUUGUUCUGGGGCGUAACGCUAACGUGUAUCCAAAUGUUAUCAGCAUUACUGAGUCUGUGACAGAAUACAAUAUAGAACCCCCACCUGUCAACAAAACGUUCGACAUCUUGUGUAGCCAUGUGAUUUACAACCGCGCUUCUUUUCGCGCCAUCAUGCCACGUGAUACAAUUUACUUGGCAUCCGUUCGAGAACCCUUUGAAAUUUUCAUAUCGACACUGCAUUAUUUUCGGCCGCCAUAUAUAUUUGACAUCAAUGUUACGGAUCCUAUUUCAGUGUACCUUGAAAAUCCAUCAAAAUACGAACCCAUGGUGAAAAAUUCGUUAACAAACAACAGAAUGGCAUUUGAACUUGGUUUCCCUCUUCAUUUGUUUCAUUCAAGGAAUUGGACCGGAAUUCAAAACUAUCUGGAAAAGCUGGACAGAGAAAUGGAUUUGAUAUUAGUGGUAGAACUGUUAGAAGAGUCUGUUGUGUUAUUAAAACGACUUUUAAACUGGAAAUUACAAGAUGUUCUUUAUGUUCCAAAAAAUACCUUCAAAGCAUUGCGCAAUGAAACAAAAGCUCUGCUUAACAAAAAAUUUCAUCUUAUAAAAGGUGCUAAAGAAAAGUACAGGGCCUGGGCCGAUCUAGACUACAUUUUGUAUGAUUUUGCAGUAAAAAGACUGCAGCGCCAAAUUCGGGGUCAAGAUCCGAACUUCGAGGUUGAAGUUAAGCAUUAUAAAAUCGUCAGGAAGAAAGUGGAGGAUUUCUGUUUGAACGAGAGCAAGCCCUACAGGAGAGCGAGGCUUGUGAUUCCCCCAUCUGUAUGGAACGAGGAGUUUGUGGUGGACUCUGUGAUGUGUUCUCAGAUGAUAUUACGAGAGGCAUAUUUUAUUCAGGAGAUCAGAUAUAAACAGUAUGGCAUUUUACCAAAAGAGUGAACAUUUAUUAAAAUUUGAUACAUCCAAUGUGAGUGAUU